UAACCAUCUUCCUCAGAUUCAGUACAAUUUCCCUUGUCUUCAUCUCCCAAAAGGCUCAUAGACUAGACAGGAAUCUCUAGCAAGUAGACAGCACAGAUAGAUCUCUUAGUGCUGUCCAUUUGACCAAGAAACUCAUCCAUCUUUCUCACUCUUGGGCUUGCACACACGCACACACAAACACAUACACUACACUAUAUAUGAAGGAAGUUCCAAGUAUUAAACAUAGACAUGCAGGUAAACCUUUUGUACUUCUUGACCACAUAGUCAAAUGUGUAGCAUCCACACCAAAGCUAAUGUCCCUCUUGGUGAAUUGUAGCAGAUUCUCCAUCUGAACCCUGGGGGUGAAUACUUCUAGUCCUUCCAACAACAAAAAGAUACUAUUAGUGAUCGAAAGGCUGAAUCAAAAGAUAUAAUUUUGUUUAAGCAUUGUGGGGUCGGUUGAAGAUUGAAGAAACUUGAAGGUAGCUAAUUGGGUUGUGUAAAUUUCAAGCCAUUUACAAUUUUAUGCAGGAGAGAUAUUGCAAAGUCUUGCUUCUAUAGUACCCUCAAUUUUAAAAGACUUGAAAGUUGUAAUAGAAGGCAUCGUUGGAUCCAAUCAAUGAAAAUGAAGAAAGAAGAUAUUACUCGAGGACUUGGAAUCAGUCACAAGGUGGAUUCUGCUACUCAUGCAGGAAAUAAAGUCUUACCAAUUACUGAGGCCACAUUGUCAACCUCGACUAACACAAAUGGCCAAAGUCAAAGUGGCUCGUCGGAAAACAAAGAUAGGCUUAAAGGGGAUAAAAGCAAAACUAUGUCAAGAAUGAAGGAGCUAUUGAGAUGGGCUGCUGCUGCAAAAUCAGAGAAGGGAGGAAAGUUUAUUGGUCGAAAGGUUCUACAAUUCCGGAAUCGUGGAAGCCUAAAAGCAGUACCAGAUGAUGAUCAACUAAGCAACGAUUCUCCUAAGAUCAGUUUCAGGUGGGAUGUGGAAAGUUGUUCCACCACUUCCUCUGCAUACUCAGCAAUGUCUAUGCCUGCCUCAUAUAAAAUUAAUGACCAAACGAUCAACAUUACAUCAUCAAUUUCAACUCCUAUUCAAGACAAGGAUCACAACACUCCUAGGAAAGGAAAUUGGAUAACCACAGACUCUGAAUUUGUGGUGCUAGAGCUAUGAAGAGGAGUUGAAAGAUGAUCUUCCAUGGUUAAAACUAAAAUCAACUACUUAGGCUAUGUUUUACAAGUAUUGGUAGCUGGUUCUGCUUCAUUCUAGUUUCUCUGAAAUAACAGAGCAAUUUAAUGUAAUAUCAGUGUAAGGAUCUGAAAUUAAUAUACCAGCACCAUAUUGAAGAUGGCCUAGGCCUAGCUACUUUGUGACUUAACUACUGUGGAUGACAAGAGAAUGUCGUGAAAUCUGUAUUGUAUCUCUCAACAAUGAUAGAUGGAUAAUUUUUUGACUGACCU